UGGGGGCUGUGGCUGCAACACGACUUAAAUGCACUGCAGCAUCCAGCAGGUUCUGUCUCUCUGCAUCCUGUUCUCUUGCGCCUGCUCGCUGCUCUCUGUCUCUCUCUCUCUCUCUCUCUCGCUCUCAUUCCACUGCUGUCCGUUCGGAGUGUCCGUGCAUCCAUCUGUCCCGGCAUAGAAUCUCUCUCUGUAUUCCUUUCUCCUGCCAUCUGAAAUUUUCAGCAUAUAGACAGAAACCCUCAGCCCUUGCAAAUUCUACCAGGCCCAGUUCAUCUGCAGAGCACCGUCAUAUUCAGCGUCCGGGAUGGAUGUUCUAAUGAAAGGAUUCUCCAUGGCCAAGGAAGGAGUGGUGGCCGCCGCUGAGAAAACUAAAGCUGGAGUUGAAGAGGCAGCUCUCAGGACCAAAGAAGGGGUCAUGUAUGUAGGUAACAAGACAAAGGAGGGAGUGGUGUCAGGAGUAAACACAGUUGCCCAGAGGACCACCGACCAGGCGAAUAUUGUCGGUGAGACAGCGGUAGGCAGCACUAAUGAAGCUGGACAGAAGACGGUAGAGGGGCUGGAGAACGUGGCUGCAUCGACCGGCCUGGUCAACCCGGAUGAGGCUUUAUAUGAGGGUGACUUCUCUCAUGGGGGCAUGGAAGGAGGAGACGGUGGAGAGGGUUAUUAGUCCAGAGGCCUGAAGCUGAAACGGUCCCCUCUCUUCCCUCUGAGUUUCUGCUCCAAAGCCUCACCCCUUCCAGACUCCAGAUGUUACUGAUAUUUUUUUGUGACUGUAUGGAAAACCAGAGUUGAAAAAGACUUUCCCUGAGCCCUGUAGCCGUUAGAUGUGUGACGCUUCUCCUCCUCUCCAUCUGUGGUGUCCUCACGCUGUUCUCUAGUGUUACUGUCAAUCCUCUUCCCAUCCACACCUCACCUAAAACACACACACACACUCAUACAUUCACAAAAUAUGAAGCCCAGAGGCUGAUAUCAGAGGUCGAGGUGGUCUUUUAGGAGCAUGGCUGGGGAACAAAAAAAGAAAUCCGCAUGACCAGUAAUGUAAGAAAAGCAAUACAUUUCAUUUCAUCAGGGCAUGUAGCAAAGUGCGUCUGGAUCUUCGUGAGAUCAUAGCCAUGUUUCAAUUUAUUUAGUCUUGAAAAUGCUGCAAUGUACGCAAUGACAAGUUGUCUGUACAUUAAGAGAUACAUUACAUUCCUUUAGUUCAGUAUGUGUGCAGAAUAGAGUUACUGUGUGCUUGACCAAUAGACUUACCGUGUGAUUUGUUAGAGUAAGAACAAAUGUUUAUUCACAAAAUAUAAACAUAGAUACUGUAAAACAAAAAAACUAUUAUCUGUAUUGAUGUAGCUGUGCUAGCCUUGCAUUUCUUCAUUAGCUUAAACACGUGAGAUCUGGUUCCAGUUGGGACAAGGAUUCUUUCAAUGUUAUAGGAAGAGAUCCAGUCUUCACACAUCCUGUUUUGUCCUGAUUUUGUCGCGAUGCAUGUGAAGUCGGUGUGCGAUCAUGAAUUUGUGAUGCUAGCAGUGUAAAAGCAAUACCAUACCACAGCUCCAUUGCAAAGUCUGUCAGUGGUAUGUUGUGUAGCACUGUCCUAUGCUGAUUCUAGGCACUGUGUUUUACCAGGGGAAUGCUAAGAAAUGUAGAUCUGACUGUCUUCAUCUUCAUUCAGCCUUGCCAUCAUGGCCACCCAAACCUCAUUCCUGUCCUGUUACUCAGAUCCACCCCAGGCUUGUGUUUACUGUAGG